AUGGCGUCCUGGAGCUUAAUUGGAAUUAUCGUCGCGGUGUUGGUUAUCAAAUUCAAGCCUGAAUAUUCUGUGCAUGAAUCGUAUUUCCUCACUGUCCCUGCUGCAAUCUUGAUAUCAUGGAUCCUUCGGUUCAUAUACAGUGCUAUUUUGUAUCCGGUAUAUUUCACGCCGGUUAAACACAUCCCCACGCCGCCGAACCGAUCAUGGCUGAGAGGCAACACCGGAGUCCUCACUCUUAAAUUUCCCACAGAUCUAGCCACAAAAUGGAUCAAGAACGUGCCAAACAGCGGGCUAAUACGAUAUUAUGCCAUUGGCAAUCUCGAACGAGUGCUUGUCGUUUCGCCAAAGGCAAUUUCUGACCUUCUAGUCGCCAAGAGCUACGACUUCAUACGGCCAGAUAUUGCUCACAUCCAGCUUAGCACCAUAACGGGUGAAGGGCUAUUGGUUGCUGAAGGGGAUGUACACAAGACGCAACGCAAGACGUUGAUGCCGUCUUUUUCCUACCGGCAUAUCAAGGACCUAUACCCAAUCUUCUGGAGCAAAGCCAUCCAAAUGGUAAACGAAAUCGAGAAAGGGCUCCCCAAAAACGGCAACACCAUUCAGGUCAGCACCUGGUCAAGCAGGGCGAUGCUCGAUAUCAUCGGGCUGGCCGGAAUGAGCUACGACUUCAACUCCGUCAAGGACCCAACCAACGAGCUCUCCGGCCAUUACUCGAACCUUCUAAGUACUCCAUCCGGGUAUCAGCGCAUCGUAGCCACAUUCUGUCUUUUCGUAAUCGGGUUCAAAUACUACACGAGCAUUCCAACCCCAUACAUCAGAGGAAUGCUGCACUCUGUUCAAUGUAUCCGCGAUACCGCAAAGCAAAUUCUCCUCGAGAAACAAGCCAAAUUGAAACGCGGCGAAGAUAUCGGCAUCGAUAUCCUUUCCGUUGCUAUGCGAAGCGGCAACUUUUCAGACGAAAACUUGAUCGAUCAGAUGAUGACUUUCCUCGCUGCAGGACACGAAACUACCUCAACCGCAUUCCAGUUCGCAGUUUAUGCAAUGUCCAAACACCAGCACAUCCAGACUCGUCUGCGUGAAGAACUGCGGGAGAAACUACCUCUUUCGCUUCUAGUCGAGUCUAAGGAUGAUGAGGGAUACAAAACCGAGCCUAUCCCGGCGUCGGCUAUUGAUAACAAUUUCCCUUAUCUCAAUGCGUUCUUGAAUGAAGUCCUUCGCUACUACCCCUCUGUCCCGUUCACGUCCCGCGAGGCCGCCCAUGAUACGACUCUGGCCGGUCAGCAUGUCCCUAAAGGCACCAAUAUCCUCAUUUCGCCGGAAAUCAUCAACAAAGAUGAGGAUCUCUGGGGUGCGGAUGCCAAGGUCUUCAACCCUGAUAGAUGGCUCGCAGAUGCUGGCACCAACAACAAUGGUGGCAACAAAAGCAAUGGGGGUGCUAUCAGCAAUUACGCGUUUGGCACAUUUAUUCACGGCCCUCGAAGCUGCAUUGGCCAGGGGUUUGCUCGUGCUGAACUUGCUAUCUUUGUAGCGGUGUUUGUGAGUAAAUUCGAGGUUGCUUUGAAAGAUCCAGAAAAGAAACUGGAAGUUAGGCAGAUUAUCACACAGGCGCCGGCUGAUGGGGUUGUGGUGAAUUUGAAGGUGUUGAGCUAG